AUGUCGACAUUGCAUGACAAAAGAUUAAGCAGCUCAUUGUUGUCUCCACAACUGGGGAUACUCGAACAAAUCGGUCCCGUAUACCGUAUUUUGUUUUACGUUCUCUCGUGUCUCGUCGCCCCUUUCGCACAAAUCCACGGAGAGAAAGAAAAGAAAAAAGAAGUCAUUAUAAACGCUGAAGGUGGACUGAAACUGGGCUUACGUUGUACCAAGAUGGGACCAAAACCGGUGUGGGAAGGGCCUUGCAUAUUAAAUUUUCCCCGAGAAUCCAAUGGAAGGAAAAAAGAAAAGUUGAAGAGAAGGGAAUUGCUUCUAAAGUUCGAUAUCGUUCUGAAUGUGGCUACGAAGUCGUACCCCGGAUACGAGAUUGAGACAACAUAUUUUUCAUUUGUUUUCAAUCUAAUAAGCCUUGACGAAUAA